UGGCAGCUUUGAUGCCACACAGGUAAGCUUGAACCCGAUAAAUUCGAGCAGAGCGUGCAUUGGCGCGAAAACCAAUGUGUUAUAAAAAGAACUACAAGCAAAGCUAAGGAGUAUUUCGCCUGAGUGCGGGAAGGGACGUGGAAGCUUGAUAGAGAUGAAGUUUAUACUGACGACUUUUCUGGCUCUGGUCGUGGUUUCGGCCAUAUUUGCUCAGACCGGAAAUGAUGUUGCCGACCAAGGACUCGCAGCCGGAACGGAACUGGCGCAAGCAAUCGCCGACAAAAACUUCGCAGGAACAAUGGGUAAACUCGCAACGAAGGUGGGUCCGUACUUGGGAAUGGUGGGGCCAGUGAUUGGAAUCCUCUUCUCCCUCGCGGGGGCAAGUCAAGAUUCGGCCGAGCUGCAGUUCAUGAGAAACAUGUUGGCCAAAAUUGAAAACCGGUUCGACCAAGUAGACCAGCGACUGGAUGACAUUGCACGCAAAAUCGACUGGAACGCAAUUCGAAUCCAGUACUUCUCAUUCGAAAAGAAAAUUCUCCCCAUGAAAAUAGAACUGGACAAGUUCUUCAACGCCUCCAACAAAGACGAGUUGACCAGUUUCCAAAACACGUUUACAAACAUGUAUGAAUGCGUGUACGAGAACAGUGGCCAAAUGCUGUACGACCACAUCAUAUCGGGUGAGUCCACUUUCUCAAGUAAUCUUCUUGUGGAGGCCAUGCGCGCCAACGAAUACGACCGCAAGGAAAUUCAAGUGUUCAUGUUGGGCCUCACAAAACUCAUUCUUGUGGGGAGUCAAAUCGAAAUGGCAUACUACAAACUCAAGCAUCCGUCUUCUCUGGAUAGACUAAAAAUGAAAUGGACCGCUCAGAUGAAAAAACUAAGCCAGGCCAUGAACGCAGCCGACAGGGAGGUUAUGGGAAAAUACAGGGAUGUCGGCAUAAAAGACGCCAAGAGGAUUUUAACAUUCAACAAAGGCGCCAAAAACCAGGACGUAGCGAAAGCAGUGUACAGUAAGUUGAGCACUAAAUUUUACUGGAGAAACUGGUUUGUGGCUGUGUACGACGCCAUUGGAGGUAACAAUAAUCAUCAGGUGUGGGUAUGUAAUGGCGGCAUCGCCUUCCGACAGGACGGAUUCAAUUUGUUAGUGGCAAGCAAUUCGGAAAAUACAGCAGCACUGAACCAAAACACUGCUAAAAGUAUUAUCAAUGGCGCAUCUUUGGUGAAAAAAGGAUGGUGGAUGAAUAAAAAAUACCUGAAUGCCAAGGAAAUUUUCAAUGGGGUUACCACAGUCAGAAGCUGCAGCAAGUACUCCGGGUUUGGUGUGAUCAAAUCAAAUGCAAAUUUCCACGCUAAAGCUGAAAGUUCCCGACUUGUUACCAGCAAAAGAGGAUCUUACUUGUUUUUCUUGUUCCAUUAAAGUUAUCUGGUGUUAGAAUUUUUUUUAAUAAAAAUGGCUCGCUAAUAAAUGUUGUGUUAUGU